UUGAAGGCCAAAAACACUGGGCAGAGAAAAUACAUAAUGUUAGCAGAAUGCCUGAUGAUAUCGAGCCACUUUUCUAUGAGGUGUCAAAGAAAAAGGUUCUUUUUGCAAGAAUUUUCACGGCUAUAACUGCAAUAAUUGUAAUACUAGCAAUAGUUUUCUGCCUUGUGAAAGGUUCAAAGAAACACACUCUUUACCUGUGCAUGAUUAACAUUUUGUUGAGCAGUAUCAUUGCUGGCUUUCUGGCUUGGUGGUAUCAUAAUGGCGUACUGCAAGCAAGUGCAUAUUAUUUUAUGAUAUUUGUUGGAGUGUGUGUGAUAUUCCAAGCAAUUGCAAUUGACAUCUUUGUCUGGAACUGGCAGCCAUUUUCGUCAGAAACAAGCUCAUAUGUGAAUCCACACACGAUGGCACCUGCUAACCACACAACUACACGGCGGCCCAUUACUCAUUGAUUAUUUGUACCUGAAAUAAGAUGUGAUGUGCCAGGAAACCUAAUAAAUUGUACACUCACGCUACUGUUCAUCUUGAAGAUAUAAUCCUUUCUGAUUGCUCCCACUUCAGAUGAAAAGCAAUUGGGGAAGUGGGUGCUAUGAUUCUGUAAAAUGUUAAUGGUGAAUCUAUGAACCUAGUUGUAGAUUGAUAGAUCAAUAUAUGAUGCAUUCUUGCAAACGUUUGAAACAAUUAUUGCUGAAUUGAUAAUGUUGUUUUUUACUUAAAAAUUGACUUGAAUUCAAUAAUGGUUAUUGCCAAAAUUGUGUCGUGUAAAACUACUGGAUUGUUUGCCACCAGGUUUGCAAAGGGAAUUUAUGUUUGACAGAAAGCUUUUUGUAGCAGUAUGAAAUCCGUAAUUAAUCACUGCUUAAAGAAAUUUCAAUUUUAACUGGAUACAUGGAUUAACUGGUGGCUGUCAAUACAGAAUUUGAUGACAGAAAAUAUUACUUCUGUGUCCUCGAUUGAAUGUUUAUGAAUUAGUUAAAAAAUUCUCUUUGCGGGGAGUUUCUGAUUUAGAAACGGCAAAUCAUCGUAAUAUUAAUGAAUUAUUUUCAUUUUUUUGAAGCAAUAGAUAUCUGCUAUGUUUAGUUUUCAGAAAGAUUUUUUUUUUUGGUUUAAUUUACUUUGUUUAAAAUGAUUUCUUAAAUUUCUACAAUGAAUUGGUAACUUCAUUAAUAA